AUGAAAUUUCAGUUGGGUUAUUAUCGCAACAAAACACACACAAAAAAAAUGCUUCGGGGAAUCAAACGUGUGCCUCGACUCAAUGUGGGUGCCUCUAAGCGGCUAUACUCGACCGAAGCCGGCGACACCAAAAUCCACACUCUUUCCAACGGCCUGAGAGUCGCAGUCCGACCUUCCCCAGGCUUCUUCUCAGCCCUGGGUCUCUAUGUCGAUGCAGGCUCCCGGUUCGAGCCCCGAAACCUCAGUGGCGUCAGUCAUAUCAUGGAUCGACUGGCAUUCAAGCAGGCGACCCAGCGACGGUCUGCCGACGAGGUUGCUGACACCAUCGAGUCUCUAGGAGGCAACUUUUUCGGCUCCAGUGCCCGAGAGAGCAUCAUUUACCAGGCCACAGUGUUCAACAAGGACGUAGAGACGGCUCUGGCGCUGCUGGCCGAAAGCGUGAUUGUGCCCCAGAUCACCGAGGAGGACGUGGGCGAAAAAAAGAAGACCAUGGAGUUCGAGCUGGACCAGCUGUGGAAGGAGCCUUCGCUGAUUCUGCCUGAGGUGGUCCACAUGACUGCAUACGACGGCACUCUGGGCAACCCUCUGGUGUGUCCCUACGAGCAGCUUCCCCACAUCAACGCCCGGGCCGUCAACGAGUACCGGGAUCUCUUUUACCAUCCCGAGCGGUUUGUUCUGGGUUUUGUGGGAGUGCCUGAGGAGAACGCCAUUGAGCUGGCCGAAAAGUACUUUGGAUGGAUGAAGCGGUCCGAUAAGCAGCUCGAAAACCCCGCCAGUGUCUACGUUGGAGGCGAGCAGUUCAUGGACGCUGCCGAUACCGAGUUUGCCCACAUUCACGUUGCUUACGAGGGUCUUCCCGCUGAUGAUCCUGAUGUGUACGCUCUGUCUUGUCUGCAGACUCUGCUCGGAGGAGGAGGCUCCUUUUCCGCAGGAGGUCCCGGAAAGGGUAUGUAUUCGCGACUCUAUCUCAAUGUUCUCAACCGGUUUGGCUACAUUGAAUCGUGCCAGGCUUUCAACUACCAUCACAGUGACUCCGGUAUCUUUGGAAUCUCUGCCUCGUGUGUCCCCAACGCCGCUCCCUACAUGGCUGACGUUAUUGGUCGACAGCUGGCUCUCACUUUCACCGAGGGCGAGGGCAGUCUGACUCACCAGGAGGUUGAGCGAGCCAAGAACCAGCUGCGGUCUUCUCUGCUGAUGCAGCUCGAGUCCAAGGUGGUGCAACUCGACGAUAUGGGCCGGCAGAUCCAGCUGCAUGGCCGAACGGUGCCCGUGACGGAAAUGUGCAAGAACAUUGAAAACCUGACCGUCAAGGACAUCAAGAGAGUAGCCCAGCGGGUGCUGACCGGCAACUCCAACAACCCCGGCAACGGCAGCGGCAAGCCCACAGUUGUCAUGAACGGAGUGCGAGCAUGGUUCGGAGACGUGGAGCUUGUGCUGGCCAAGUACGGACUGGGAAAGCAGUCCAAGGGCGGAAUUCACACUUCCUCUAGAGCCCGAAACGAGGCCAGAAAGAACUGGUGGUGA